AUGUCCUAUAACGUCCUAGUAACAGGCUCAUCCGGCCAUCUCGGCACAGCAUUAAUGCUGUCCCUUCCUACCCUCGGCUUCAAACCUUUGGGAAUCGACAUCCUCCCUUCAGAGAACACUCACCUUGUAGGCUCUAUCGCAGACCAUUCCUUCAUCACAGACAUCUUCAUGAACAAUCCAAUUCAGCACGUUCUUCACGCAGCGACGCUUCACAAGCCUCAUGUGGAAAGCCACUCCAAGCAGGAUUUUAUCGACACAAACAUCACAGGUACACUGGUUCUUCUGGAGGAAGCAGCCAAGUACAAGGAAACGAUUAAGAGUUUUGUGUUCUUCAGCACGACGAGCACAUUUGGUGCCGCGCUGAGUCCCAAGCCCGGACAGCCGGCUGCAUGGAUUGACGAGACUGUCAUCCCAAUUCCGAAGAACAUAUACGGCGCUACAAAGGUCGCAGCAGAGGAUAUCUGCUUUCUCAUCCACAAACAAACCAGCUUGCCCAUCAUUGUCCUUCGAACGAGCCGUUUCUUCCCAGAACAGGACGACGAUGAAGAUCGACGCGCAGCUCUCUCCGACGACAAUCUCAAAGUCCUCGAACUAACCUACCGCCGCGUCGACAUGGAGGAUAUCGUCCGCGCCGCCGUAUGCGCCAUGUCCAAAGCGCGCUCCAUCAAGUUCCGGAAGUACAUCAUCAGCGCACCUCCCCCAUUCCAGAAGGACGCUCACACGCUUGCGACACUGGACAGGAACCCUAAGGAGGUUUUUGAGACGGUCGCGCCUGAUUGUGCGCGGGUGUUUGGGGAGAAGGGUUGGGCGCACUUAAAGAGGAUUGAUCGGGUGUAUGAUUCGAGCAGGGCGGUCAUGGAGUUGGGGUGGGAGCCUGUUUAUACGUUUCAGCGGGUGAUUGAACUAAUUGCGGAGGGCAAGGAGUGGAAGAGUGAGUUGACGGGCAAGGUUGGUAAGAAGGGAUAUCACGCUGUCAGCCAUGGGGUGUACACUGUUCGAUGA